CUGGCCAAAAUGAAAGAAAAGGGGAAAAAACAAGUUCUAGCCUUCUAGGGCAUUCUUUGUUACAGACUGGGUUGGCGGCUUGGCGCUUCGCUUUUGCUAGUAGCACUCACUGUUUAAAGCUAGGAAACGCUGCUCAGUAGAACUCAUCCUUUGGAAACUGAUCCCUCCAAAGUCCAAACCGAGCGGAACUGAUUAUCUAUUUUAGGGUUUUCCGGCGAAGAAGAAGAAGGCAGAGGAGUCGAGUGAGAGAAAAUGGGAUUCUCAAUGCAGCCUUACGGUAUACAAUCAAUGCUCAAGGAAGGGCACAAGCAUCUCUCCGGUCUCGACGAAGCCGUCAUCAAGAACAUCGACGCCUGCAAGCAGCUCUCCACAAUCACCCGCACCUCUCUCGGCCCCAAUGGCAUGAAUAAGAUGGUUAUCAAUCAUUUGGACAAGCUGUUUGUCACCAACGAUGCGGCCACCAUCGUGAAUGAGCUUGAAGUUCAGCACCCUGCUGCCAAGAUUUUGGUCCUGGCUGGGAAAGCACAGCAGGAGGAAAUUGGGGAUGGAGCUAACUUGACCAUCUCUUUCGCUGGUGAGCUCCUUCAGAAUGCUGAAGAACUCAUCCGGAUGGGCCUGCAUCCAAGUGAGAUCAUCAGUGGCUACACCAAGGCCAUUGGCAAGGCGAUUGAGAUAUUGGAUGAAUUGGUAGAGCAAGGUUCUGAAACGAUGGAUGUGAGGAACAAGGAGCAAGUUGUUUCUAGGAUGAGGGCUGCUGUUGCUAGCAAGCAAUUUGGACAAGAAGAUGUUUUGUGUAGCUUGAUUGCUGAUGCAUGCAUACAAGUUUGCCCCAAGAACCCAGUAAGCUUCAAUGUGGAUAGUGUCCGUGUUGCAAAGCUUGUGGGAGGAGGUUUAAACAAUAGUUCCAUAGUUCGUGGAUUGGUCUUGAGAGGUGAUGCUGUCGGCACAAUUAAGAGAAUAGAGAAGGCGAAGGUUGCUGUAUUUGUCGGUGGUGUUGAUACAGCUGGAACUGAAACCAAAGGAACUGUCCUAAUUAACACGGCUGAACAGCUACAAAAUUAUGCAAAGACUGAGGAAGCUAAAGUUGAGGAGCUUAUUAAGGCAGUAGCUGAUUCUGGCGCUAAAGUUAUUGUCAGUGGUGCUGCUGUUGGAGAGAUGGCCCUGCAUUUCUGUGAACGAUAUAAACUUAUGGUCUUGAAGAUCAGCUCGAAAUUUGAAUUAAGACGAUUUUGUCGCACAACUGGUGCGAUUGCAAUGUUGAAGCUUAGCGCACCGAAUCCAGAUGACUUGGGACAUGUAGAUUCAGUUUCAGUUGAGGAAAUUGGUGGCUCGAGGGUCACUAUUGUGAGAAAUGAAGAAGGUGGAAACUCAAUAAGUACUUUGGUCUUGCGAGGCAGCACAGAAAGUAUACUGGACGACCUUGAAAGGGCUGUUGAUGAUGGAGUGAAUACCUACAAGGCAAUGUGCAGAGACAGCCGAACAGUGCCCGGAGCUGCAGCUACUGAGAUUGAGUUGGCUAAACGAGUGAAGGAAUUCUCAUUUAAAGAAACAGGGUUGGAUCAAUACGCAAUUGCCAAAUUUGCCGAAAGCUUUGAGAUGGUUCCAAAGACGCUUGCUGAGAAUGCUGGUCUUGACGCAAUGCAGAUAAUAUCUUCUCUCUAUGCUGGACAUGCAUCUGGAAAUGCCAAAAUUGGCAUAGACUUAGAGAAUGGUGUUUGCAAGGAUGUGACAGAGACCAAAGUUUGGGACCUCCAUGUGACGAAGUUUUUCGCUCUCAAGUAUGCUGCUGAUGCUGCCUGCACGGUGUUGCGAGUCGAUCAGAUUAUAAUGGCGAAACCAGCAGGUGGGCCUAGGAGAGAUCAACAGCCAGCCAAUGACGAAGACUAGUUCUUGUGCAUCUCUGACGAAUCCCAUCAGUUUUGUCUUUUGUCUGUAUCUUUAUCCAGCAGAAUAUCGAUUUACUUGGGGGUAGGAAGCAUCUCUCGUUUUGAUUUUAGUUUUCAGCUCUGCCCAAAGAAUCAAACUUGCCCUUAAGAACAGUUUUGCUUAAAAUUAAGGAGAAUAUGAUCUGUAUGCUAUUGUAUAUCUGACUUGCACGAUUGUGACUUGCGAGGGUUUGGUCAAUGAAUGGCCUCAAAGUUC